UAUCUAAGCUUAAAAUGCAUUCAUUUAUGAAGUGAUUUGAAAUUCUACACUAUUUGCGAGUCUGACAUGAGAUGAAUAAUGGACUCGGGAGUGGACAACCCAUUCAGACCUGGCUCUGAGCUGAGCAAAGAGGCCGACAUUAUUGUGAACCUAAUAAAAGAGGGAAAGCCUAUCACUCCGACCAAAGAGACAGUGGACGGCCCUAACGGACUCAACGGCCUUAACAGUGAAAUUAAUGGCAAACGAGACAUCAGUCUACUGGAGAAGUCGCCCGAAAUGAACGGAACGCCUAAGAGUAGGGCGCCGGCCGUCGUGGAGGUGAAGCAGAUGGUCGUCCCCUCGAAUGACUCGAAACAAGUGGCAGAAGAGGUGACACUUAAAAAGCGGCGCAAAUGUUGUACUAUUCAGUGAUUGUGAAGACAUGAAUCAGUUUAGAGACUCUCGACUCACAACUCAACCGCACAUCCAUUUGGAUAGCAUUUGUAUUAUUGUUGAUAUUUUUCGAUUCAAUGGCUUUUAAUAGGACUGCCGGUGAUUAUAAUAUAAGUUACAUUAAGAUACCAUACCUGCGCUAAAACCAUAGGCAUAACUGAUUUAAUAGAGAUUUAAUGCGAAAUAAAUAUAUAUUGAAAUGCCUUUCAAUCGCUUGGAUUGAACACAGAAAACGACAAAAUACUAGUCAAUUGCCAUUAAAAACGCUUUUAUAUAGAAUUCACUGAAUUGUGAACAAAAAAUCAUAUAUUGAAGUGAUUUUGAAGCGAAACAUCACUCACUCUCUCAACCGCUAAUAAAUCGCUGCAAAUAAUCAUCACUUCAUCGGUCAGUUGUUGUUUGCCUUCAAAUGAUAUCAUAAAUAGUUUUCAUGUUUUUCAUAUAAUUUAUAUAUAAUAUAAACGUAUUGUUCAAAUGGAUUCAUCACAACCUCCC